UACCAUGCAUUUAAUUUGACCACUAAAGCUAUAAAAUAUAUUAGAUAUAUAAAUCUCUCUUGUAAUUACAUUAGUAGAUGCCUCAUGCUUAGACACCAAUCUAAAUAAAGUUUUCUAACCUAAAAAUUUUUAACGGUAACCUCAAAAUCAAACUAAAAUUCUUAGGAGUUUUGUGCAAACAUUUAAAUUAAAAAGAUGGAAUUAAAAGAUGAAAUAGAGCAGGUAGUUAUAUAUCCUCCUAAUAGACCACUCGAGAGGGAAUUUACGCCAUCUACGGAACCAGUCCUUUAUCAGUACUUAUUUUUUAUUGAUGUUAAUAAGAGAGGUCAAUUUUUAGUUGGUUGUUCUAAUAUAACUGGCUCCUAUUGGGAAGGAACUCUAUUUUUCUAUAAAGAUGGUUUAUCUGCUAUUGAACACAAUUAUUCAAACUACUUUAUUAGUAAUUCAUCCAUUGCUGAUGGAAAAUUUUUCACAGAUAACAUGUUAUUAGUGGUAGAAGAUUCUGGGGGAUUGAGACUUUUAAAGGUACCUAAUAAUCCCAAUUCUCCAUUAAAAUGCGAAGCACUUCUUAACACAGUUGAUGGAAUAGAAAAAAUUGCGGUAUGGAAGGACAGUAAUAAUGUAAUUAGUUGUUCAGACAAUUCUAUUCAUUUAUGGACAAUAAACGAUGACUUAUUAACUAAUCCAGUAAAGGAAUUCAGAAAUUACCAUACAGAGCCAGUUACAGAUAUUGCAACUAAAGUAGAUGAUGAGGGAUUGUUUGCUUCAGUUUCAAUGGACCGUAAAGCAGUUCUUUGGGAUAUACGACAACCCAUUACUCCUGCAUCAGUUUUAUAUGCAAAUGAAUUUGGUUCGCUAACAGCAAUUGCAUGGAAUGAAUCAAACUCAAACUAUAUGGCUGUUGGGAGUGAAGGGGGUGAUAUUUAUAUGUUAGAUAUCAGACAACCUAAAGACUACGUAAACGUUGCUCAUGGGUUUGAAUGUAAAGUGCACCAUCUCAAAUUCAACGAUGGUUCGUAUUUAGCAGCGGCAGGGGAUUCACCUGGGUUUUUAGUUCUGGAAAGCGACGAUGACAAGUUGACACCGAUUUAUCGGAAUAGGGUACACAAAGGCUUCGUAAGAGGAUUUUCAUGGCAUAAUAAAUUCUUGUAUUCAUGCGGUUUUGACGGUAAAGUUCUCAAACAUAACGUAUUUGAUUCUUUUUAGUACCCUUUUUAUGUUUAAUAUUACUUUAUAAUAAAGUUCUUUUUGUUUAAAUUA